AUGGCCUCCUCUGUCGCGCAGAAGCGCCUGUUCCAUGAAUACAAAAACCUCUCUACCAACCCGCCCGAGGGAAUCACCGCAGGCCCAGUCUCGGAAGAUGACAUGUUCUACUGGGAAGCUCUGAUCGAGGGCCCCGGGGACACUCCGUUUGAAGGAGGUGUCUUCGCCGCCGAGCUUAAAUUUCCCAAGGACUACCCGCUGAGCCCGCCGACUAUGAAGUUCGUUGGAGGUGGGGUAUGGCACCCGAAUGUCUACCCCAACGGCACCGUCUGCAUUUCUAUCCUGCACCCUCCCGGCGACGACCCCAACCACUACGAGCACGCCUCCGAGCGCUGGUCACCCAUCCAGAGCGUCGAGAAGAUCCUCAUCUCCGUGAUGAGCAUGCUCGCUGAGCCCAACGAUGAAAGUCCGGCCAAUGUCGAGGCUGCCAAGAUGUGGCGCGAGCGCAGACCCGAGUACGAGCAGAAGGUGCGCGAUGAAGUGCGGAAAGGGCUGGGACUGUGA